CAGAAGAAUUCCAUUUAUUUUCUGUGUCUGACUGUUUGUAUUGCAGAUCUCUUUCGGCUUCCGUCUCGGAUUCCCUCCGCCUCUUACCCUCCGAUGUCAGGCUCAUCUUCUGAUCCCUUCGACCUGACCCUCGAGUCAGAUAACGCGGGCCUCACAGAACACCACGAAAGUGUCAAUAAGCUACAAAGCGACCGAGCCCUACAUCGUGUCACCAGAAUCGACUCUCUUGUCGUCAUUGCCCCCUCGUAAAGAGUCGUCUUCUUCAUCAUCGCCCAUGUACCUUUCCUGAAUCGACCCGUACCUGCAUGCAGCCCCCAGAAAGCGGUGACAGCUUAUGUGGACCGCUCUGCAUCCAGGAGCGCGUCUUUUGUGCAUACCUGUCCUCGGCCCCGUCAUCAUCAUUCUUCAAGGCCACAGAAAAGAGUUUAGUCACAUCAGGCGUGCUGCCAAAGGCAUACCUGGCAGACAUUCACAUGUGAACACAUACAUAUCCCAUCCACGGAGCAGAUACAGAAGGCGCAGGUGUCCUCUCUCUGUCUGUGUGCGUGUGCCUCUCUCCCCCGUCGCUCACCCAUUGCCCUUGUCAAUUCUCUGCAGGAGCGAAAGGACGCUGUCUUUGUCUUGAAUGUCCAACGGCACCAAACUCACCAUGCUGAGGGAUGGAUGGAUGGAUGGACGGAUCACACAGACAGGACAGGCACGCUCUCCACAUUACUCAUACAUGUUCACCUGAAGUCUUCUACCACUUCGCCCAGCAUCUCCGUGAACUUGGCGAACCGAGCCUGCACUCACGGCAGAGGCACCCGUCAUGUACUCAUCUUUAGAAUACACAGAUCGAUCGGCGCCUACACACCCAGAUAGAUACGUACAUUGAAUGGGUGGCUCUUGGGCAUGCCCUCAGAGAGCAGCCGCUUCAAGUCAUCGGCCUCAGCGUAGUAGUCUAACGGAAAAUCUGAUCGACGAGAAAGAAAGGAGAUCACAUAGUGCCACCUAAUGUGAGUGGUGUCUUUGUCGUUGCUCUCGCACACCCAUAUGUUCCUUGUGGAUGCGCAAGAGGUCGACUUUGGAGAGCACAUUGACGUGCGGUAACUCCAGCAAGAGCAUCGACGACAGGCACAAAAGCAGACCGCUAAUGUACUGACCGAACCAUGCAACAUUGGAAAAUCGUAUCCUCUCCUCUGUCCAUCCACAUCUCGCUCACUUUGUGAGCCUCGGUGCACAUCAUGCUGUCGAUAAGAUGCACCGCCGUCAGCUGAAGGCAAUCAACGCAGUGACAAGAAGCGACGGAUGAAAAGGAUAAUCGAUAUGAUUCCGUGUUCAUGGACCAGAUCCUUGUCCACCCACCCUGCAGUCAAUCUUGCCCAGCUUCUCCAAUAUGUUGCGCAUCGUGCCUUCGUGCGUAUACAGUUCGACCUGCACACACAUCCACACGGGGACAGGACCUCCGUGCACACACGCCGCAUUAUCUGGCAGCCCAAUCUCUUCUCGACGGACCUGUCCCGGACAAUCGAACAGGACGUAGGUAUCUAAAAGAAGCAUGUGCGUUAACGCGCCACACUUGAUUCAACCAGGGUGAGUCGCGACAACAGCUGAACCUGGGUGCUUCCUCAGUUCCGCCUCCAGCCAGUCAAAGUUGACCAACAGGUACUCCAUGCAGUAGAGCAAACCUGCACGCUCAGUGACACUCGUGUCUGACCGUGUUCUCAUCUCCCAUCGUCUCACCUCCGUUGGGUCCGAGUUUGUGCUCCUGCAUGACUUGUUCGGCGCUGACGAGUGUCCUGACGUCAAUGGUGACGUCGUACGGCAACUCGCCGUCAUUGGCGGGGUCCAGGUUGACCACAACAUGCGGCCUGCUCAGCGCGCGGCACAUCUGCUGCAUGGCGUUGCAGUAGGUGGACUUGCCGCUCCCGGGCGGACCUAUCACCCACUGGCCGAACCACAUAUCGCAAUUCCGGACUUUCGAGAAAAGGGAACUG